GUUAUGGUCACCGUAGCAAAGAGCUUUGACGCACCCAUUAAGGUUGUAUGGCCAAAACAGUGGAUUGGAUUACAGCCUGAUGAAGCUUUACAAUUUACAAUGCUUGGAUUGGGUGAUAUUGUUGUUCCUGGUAUUUAUGUGGCCCUUUGUCUUCGCUUCGACCACAGCAAUUACCUAAAAAAGAACCCUAAUGCGAGUCGAAACUCUGCUUUCCCUACUCCUUAUUUUUGGAACUGUUUUACGGCAUACAUACUGGGGCUUGUCACAACAAUAGUAGUUAUGCACACAUUUAAAGCUGCACAACCAGCACUACUUUAUCUUUCCCCUGCGUGUAUAUUGUCUGUCCUCGCUACCGGGAUAAUCAAAAAUCAAUUAACAGAUGUUUUUAAUUAUUCUGCUGAUGAUGCCGAAAGCAAAAGCGAAGAUAAGAAGAAAGACACAGGUCGUCCAGCGAAGCAAAUGUCAAGCGAAAGCGAGGGUGACGAUGGAAGUUCAAAGAAACGCAGCAUCCAGGGUGAUGACGACAAUUCUGGUGCAAGUGCCGUCCUUACUGCGGAAGAAGAAGAUUAUGUAGAAGUAUCAUCUACGUCAUCAACAAGCGGUACUAAAAAUAAAAAGAAAAAGAAGACUUCUAAAAAGAAAUCGAGUUAA